AUGCGCCUCUAUCUACUGCCCAUCUCGACAAGGCGCACGCUGCUAUACUGCCAGCACCUCAACUUGCCAGCCUCGGAAAAGCCAACUUGGUCCAACUGGCUGCAGGCCAAGGCUGCGCGCACAUGGUCUGGUUGGGAGAAGAAGGAAAAGGGUUGGCAGAAAUCGGUCGUCAACUAUGGCAACCAAGCCCUCCGGCGCAUCCCUUACGAGGAAUGGGGGCUCAAGUCGGUGCCUCCACUAUCGCAGCGCCGAAGGCAGGUUGAGCUGAAGGGCGCCGAGAAGGUCGAGGUGGUUUACCCCAAGAGCCUGCUAGCGAUGGAUAAGGUGCCCCAAAUCUUGAAGUCGCUAGCAACCGACAGGGAGGCGCUGCAUAAGAAGAGGUUGAUAUGGUGCUUUGUCGGCAUGCCCAUCACAGCGCCUGUUGCCAUCGUUCCGGUCAUUCCAAACCUCCCCUUCUUUUACCUAGUCUACCGCGCCUGGUCGCAUUGGCGAGCGCUGUCUGGCGGGAAACACCUCCAAUUCCUCCUCAAGAACAACCUCCUCGCCCUGACGCCAUCUCCCGUCGUCGAUGCGGUGUAUGCCGCGCAAAAGGAACCCCUACCAUCCACCCCCGAGCGGACAACAGAUUCCGACGAAAAAAUCGUCGAAAAUCUCGAUCCUGCCUCGCCAAAUGGCGCACAGGAUCCGGACGGUGAGACCAUGCUGCUGUCGCAAGCCAACGGCAAAAGGAUGACGCAAGCUCUCGACCUACCCCAACUGGAAGUUGAGCUUGAAAGAGCCAUAUGGCAGGUCGAGACGGCCAUUAAGAAACGCAGCGCCGAGGUUGCUGCAAAGAACGCCCAAGGGCCUGCCAACGAAAACGAGAAAAAGUCAUAA